CUACCUUGAACCAAGGCACAAGCUCUAAAAUUCAAUGUGUUUGGCAGAUAUUUUACCUUGAAACACUUAAGUAUGUCCUUCGGGAGAUGGGAAACUUUUGAAAAGGACGUGUGAUGGCUGAAAUAUUUUAUAAUGGUAGGAGAGUUGACGGUCGCCGACCAAAUGAAAUUAGACGAGUGGAUUGUCAGUUUGGCUCGGGUUAUUCUGACGGGAUUGUAUUUCUGCAUCAAGGGAAUACCAAGGUGAUUGCAUCCGUGGUUGGGCCCCAUGCUCCUAGAGCAAAAGGUGAUGGUGUUCCAGAUGGUGCAACGAUAACGUGCCAAUUUACCAAGCCUCCGUUCGCAUCAACUUCAGGGGAACGUCGCAAACUGUCAUCAAAUGAUAGAUCAGCGAAUGAUUUUGCUACUGCCAUUGAGGAGAUAUUUUCAUGUGUCAUCAGGACAGAAAAAUACCCAAUGUCUCAAAUAGAUAUUUUUCUUGAAGUUAUUCAGUCAGAUGGCUCUGAGUUUGCUUGUGCUGUAAAUGCAACUACACUUGCCUUAACUGAUGCUGGAAUUGAAAUGGAUUACCUCGUCAGUGCAGCUACAGUUGGUCUUUGGGGUUCACAUGUGUUCGCUGACCUUUGUCGCUUUGAGGAGAACCCACGUAUAUCACAGUUAACCGUUGUUUGUCUUCCCAAUCUUCAUCAGCUUUCUGGAGUAAUUACAGAGGAGCAAACAGGCCAGUGGAAAGGUCAGCCUCAAAUCCUUCAUACACGUCUCUCUUCUUGGUUACCUGUUGAGAGACUACAACCACUCAUGACAGAAGCUGUGAAGGUGGCUCAAACACUUCAAAAGGAAUUUUCUUAUUGGCUACGGGGCCGUGUACGUAGUGGUCUUAUCACCAGAUGACUAACGUGAUCCACCUUUAUAAAGACAUUUUGAGCGGCGCCAGAUAUACUAUCUGAGUAUAAUGUUUCACGACUGACCGUGUGAAGUUACAAAAUAAAUUUUGAUCCUGACUUUAAACUUAAUUAAACGAAACUUAUUGCUUUACAUGUUAUGCAGCACAAAAUUCUCUUACACAAUUACUGCGCUCAAAUAAUCUAGUUAGUUUCCUGGUGAGAAUGCUGCCUUCAUCCUUGAGAUGCAAUUGAGUAAAACCCAAUAGACGAUGUAGAGACUCCUCAUAGUGACCGAAGACUGAGGCUGGUUUAGACGUCAUUCAUCCAUUCAAGGUGGAAUUCUCUGACCUUUCAACCGCACUCAGAGCUCUAGACGUACGGUUUUAUGGAAACACGCAUGCUACUUAAGGGACAGUAAGUAGUAUCCAAAAAACUAUCAAACCUCACUUUUGUAAAACGUUUAUGGAGAGAGCUAGCUCUCUCCUUAAUGUACGUCGUAGUUCAUAACGUUUAAUUUUGUUGUUUCCAUUGCAAACUGACCGUGAUAAAUUCCUUGCAUUUUAGGACUAUUUCUGCUGAAUAUAUAUUUAUAUAUCUUAUUAUCCUUCUACAGUUCGAGUUUUAAAAUCUUAUUCUAAUAAGCAAUACGGUCAUCUGUUUGCCGAAUUCCAUUCAUCACAGUUUGGGAAAGUCCAGUUCAUUCAUAAUACCAGGUCUAGUGAAUAGUACAUCGUACUCGGUUACGUGACAGUAUCUAUUUCGAAAAACUGACUUAUCCCAUUACUCAGAACGUACAAUUGCGCCAGCACACGCAACAGCUAACUCACUAAAGUUUCUCUCUAUGAUAUCAUAACGUGCAUUAAACAGCCUGAGUAUUUCGUCGAAAAGUUUUUGGAUUUCUUGUCAAGUCCUACCACAAAUCAGCAGAAAGUGUCCUUUUCAUCAAAAGUUUUGUGUAAGGAUUUGAAACUUUAGAACUUUUCAGACGUACUAAAGUGACUACCAAUUUUGCUGGAAUUUAGCCUAAGAAUGUUUAGGGUGACUCAGACUGUUUUACCAUUUCAAAGAACAUAGCCAACCAGUAAUACCUUACAAACAAAUAGCGAGACAACUUGUUACCAUAUAUAAAUUUGUAGUGUUCCAAGCUACGUGGACGUUGAAAUGAAGAUUUGUGGCCCAGGUGAGUGGUUUCGCUGGAGUGUUGUUCUCUGAGCUGGAUAGCUUGACCAUCAGAAAAUAUUAUUUUAAAAACGAGUAGUAACAAUGUGAUCUUAAACUAUUUAUCAUCGAGUUCUCAUGACCCAGAGUUACCGGUCUCCAGAUUUUAUACUGGAGCAAUUUUUUACUGCUUAUCAAAUGGUGAUCCUUUUCCUAUGAAUUAAAGCAAGUUCAUAACAUCAGUGAAUUUCCGCAGAAUCCAACCACUAUCAGAAAUCACGCAAAGUAGUCCAAAAUAAAAUGAAUUUCGGUAAGAAAAGGAAUUCGAGUAAAAUCUGUUAAUGCGUACAACUAUUACACCAGAUAUCUAAAUUGGAUGAAGCGUCAUUCGAAUCAGCAGUUAACCGCCUCAGUCGACACACAUACUAAAGUAUACGGUAAACAUCAAUUCCUCGCUGGAUGUUCCGUAUCCAUACACAAGAGACUAUAGUUUGGCUGUAAACAUGUGCAGUAAAGCAUAUUUACAUGCAAAGUCAAUUAUGAAUUUGUGGCACCAGGUAUGUACAUUUAUUAAAAGCAUUAGAAAUAACAAUCUCACAGUUAAAAAAAUAGGUAUUGUCGGGUGAGAAAAUUGAGAUGGAAUUGCAUAAGUAGAUUGAAAAUAGUUAGCUUGUUGGGAUGACUGAGUUACAAAAGUCAUUGAUUUCCAUCAACCACUCAUCUAAAGACCACGAAAUCGGUGGAACAAAAUUACGUGGUUCUGCCAAAUGUGGAUUGGGAUGAUCUGGAUUGGAUGAUUUCCUAAUUUUCACAAGACUGAUUGAACCGUUCGGAGCUAUAUGUAUAGUCGCUGUCGCCAUAACCCCUUGACCUGCUAGCAAAUGAAGAUUGCGUGCAGCUGGAUCCCAGUCAAGUGGAUACAUUGAACUGAGUCGUUUUAUGUCCUCUCUCAAGAUAAAGUCUACACGCAGAUGUUGCUGGAUGCAUGCUACGAUUGUACUUGGAGUGAGGUUUGGUGUGAGACAUUCACACAAACUGAUUAUGCUAUCGUGGCAGCCAAUAACCUAAAUAUGAGAAAACAGUAAUUAAAACAAAAAAAAGUUGUUAGGUCCUGUUUUGAAAAUUCGAUAUGGAACAAGGAUAGUAAAUAAUUUUUGGUCAUUCAAAAACUUGAUAUGUUUAAUCGGGGUUAGUCAGUCAUUAUGAAGCUUUAAGGAAUGUUUGAGAAAUUUUACUAAGUAGUCCAUACUGCAAUCGACAUAUUAAAAAUUCGAUGUGAAACUUACGGAGGUUCCCACAACUUGAACGAAUGUUGGAUUGUUAAAAAGGAAUAGGGACAACAUCGAUCGAUAUAUCAACGCAUUGGUAAUAACUGUUCACGAGACCGGAUCACCGACUCAGGUCUUUGAGUUAAUCGAUAUCAAAGAUAAGGCCAAUAGCCACAAUAAAAGGUUUUUAAUUAUUAAGUUAACAUAUUUAUAAGCAAGAUAUUAACAUGACAAGAAUAUUUAGAUGCACAUGGGAUGGGAGUAAUCAGAUUUGUAGGUUACUUCACUUUCAGGGUUAUUCCUCUUCUAUCAUCCGAGGAACCAGAUAGUUUAGGAGAUUUGAUCAAAUUACAUAAAGGGUGAAAAAUUCUCAUUAUUCUUAUGCUUUUGCGAAUAAAUAAGUGAAAGCUUAGUGACAAGAAUUACAAAGUGAUUUCCAUCAUCAAAGUAAAUGAAUUAAACUGACCAGAGUGGUAAUCAUAGACAAUAAAAUUGGAAAUUAUCUACAAUUUUCGAAUCAUAUUAAUUGAUUAAGUAUUUGCGUCCGUACUCAAAAAGCAGCUUAUACUGUCAAACAAUCGAAAAAUCCCUUGACAUUAACAUACGUUUUUCGAAACACGCACACAUUAUUCAAGUGCGGCCAUUCGCCUAACCUUACCAAAUCAGCUUAGAGAACCGGGGAUAUUUACUCUUUAUGUAUCUGCCGUUGAAACUGCUACUUUGUGUAGCGUCGCUGGUGUAGAUGUAGUACUAAGUUCGAAUGAAGCUGAAAUUAAUGGACAGUCGCUUAUGCACUGUCCAACUAAAUAGAGGAGUAAGAAAUCGGAAUUAUGAAGAUAGAUUUUACAAAAAGCUUUCCCUACUUUCGAAGAUCCAAAUGCUCAGAUGUCGUAAUCAUAACAGGUCUUGAUGGCUCACUGGAAAUCUAAACCAAAGUAGGAGACACUAGUGAUUCAAGUGCCUCAAAUAAGCAAACAGACACCGACAACCAUGCUUAGACAAUUGCUUAUGCUUAGCAAGUGUAAUCCUAAAACAUAAAGAUAUCGUCUGAAAUGAUGACCACCGAAAUCAACUCGAUGGACUCAAAUAGACCAUAUUACCAUCAGCUAUUGGUUAGAGAGGCUCAAUAAACGAUCACGCAUUCGGGAGCACAUGUCUAAACUUAAACUACGAUCUUGUGCGAGCACGUGUUUGUCUACGUCUUACUAAACACAGCAUGAAAGCCCCUCGGAGCCCAGCUUAAUGAUAAAAAAGUCAACAGUAUAUUUCAUGCAAUUGGUUCCCUUUAUGAAUUUAAAUAAAGCAAGAACAAAUAUUGGUGCAGAAUAGUAUGAAAUAAUAUGAAUUCAUACUAUUCUGCACCAAUAUUUGUUCUUGCUUUAUUCAACAGUAUAUUUCCUGAACGACAGAAUCAAUUAGUCAAUUGUCAGAUUGAUGUUCACUGAGAUGAGGGUUGACACGAUAUCCAAAUUUCUGUGAAAACUGAGGUGAUAUAUACCAGUGAGUCAACCAAAAGGUUAAAAAUCAGAAUUUUGAUGGCCCCCAGUGAAUCGAUAGUUACUCUGAAGCUCAUCCCACCAAACUGGGUACACAGUGACGAGCGAAGACGACUUAGACACAAAAUCAAAAAAAUGUCCACGUAGUGGGUAUAGACAGCGAAAGCAAAAGAUAUGGUAAAGGGGAGUGAUCGCGACAUAAGGCAACUGUUCACGAUUUUCUAAGAACCAGAUAUUGAAAAUUCGAGAUUUAAUUAAACUAAUUCGGAAAAGGUUAGGACAAAGAGUCCUCUCAAUCCAGGAAAUUCACGGAAAAUUUCGCCUUAUUGAAAAGAGACUAAAAUGCUCAAAACCAUACUGCCUCGUGACUUAGGACUUCCUAAGAUUUCAGUUACAGCAAACAAAUGUGAAAAAUAUUAGUUUACUACAGAAACCUUAUACUUCUUUCCAUGACUACUACUUUUAUCACAAUUCGAGUUGGUAAUUUCCUCUCCGUAUUAAUGUGGUGUGUCGACUGAAACCUAUUCACAUAUAUGCCAGGGUCUGCGUUGCAUAACACUGAGUGACUGAACAGACGUAUGGUCAGUCAAGAAAUACUACUGUAUCUUUUUAAAUAUAGGAGGAUCUAUGUUUCUGAACUAUCCGAAGUUACUAAAGAGAUAAUUACUCAUAACCUUAUUACUCACUGUAUGUAAUGUUGUACAUAUUGGUAAGAUUUUUAGGAAAUGGAAUAUCUAUCUCAGAGUUCAACUGACUACAUGCUUAUUGUGAAUUAUUCGGAUGAUUAGUCCACAUAACUAUCGUAUCACUGAAAGGAUGCACAAUUUAAUGUGUUACGCAUAGUUGAUAUUUAAAAUUAUGACGUAUAUAUAAUAUCCCUUUAAUAAAAGGUAACUCACUUGACUCUACAACCCAGUCAUUUUACAUCUAUAAUGUACUGUAUGGGACCUUCUAAUAUGAAAUGUUUUAAAACAACUCCAAAAUGAUGCCAAAAACAGCUUAUUAAACGAAAGAGCAAAUUUUGUGGAUUUACUUUUGAUAUGACUGAUUCCGUAGGCUCAGCUAGUCAAAAAACUACCAAACUUUAAAACAAUUUUUAUACAAUAUAUAUGUAGCACAAAGGCAAUCACACGAAUCCGUCUUGCAUAAAACAUAUAAUUCAGUGGACAGUUACUAAAAAGCUGCCAUAUCUAUCAAAACCAGUACCUCACUCAACACAGAAAACUAGAUAAAAAUUUCAACUUACUCUGGUAUUAGUCAGUGCUAUAGUUCCGAAAUCUCCAUGUUUCAAAAAACCGCGGAGUAAAGGUUUUUCAACUAGACUCUUUGCCAGUUGACUCUCGUUAGUAUUAAACCUCAAUAUAACACAGGACGAAUUUUGAACUAUUCUUCCAAGUUUUUGGGCAUACCAUUCUUGACAAUACCUGUUGAAAUUAGUGGUAGACAUUUCAAGUGCCAUAAGGUUAAAGUAGUGACAAGCGCCAAAUAGUAAUAAACGAAAAUUUUAGCACUUCAAACUGACAGACACUACACUGACAUGACGGUUGAAAUGACCCAGUCGACUUCAAACGGCGAGAAUACUUGCUCUUUGAGCUCCCACCGUAGAGACUAGAGCCUCUGACGUACCGUAAAUAGCGCACUUUCAUUAGUCAGGUCAUAUUUAUAUUAUUUAAACAGCUGCACGCUUAAUAUCCCUGGUCAGAUUGCAGGACUGAUACAUAUUGUAAGUACACAAUAUAACUAUUUCAAGGUAGUGGAUCACGAUCUACUUUAAUUAAUCAGUUAUACUGAUUCAUAUAUACUGGGUUAUUUAAAUAGUGUUUGUAUUUUUAUCAUUCAAUCAAUUUAGCCCCUAAAUUAUCUAUUACCUGAACGCUGAGUCAGUCAUAUAACAAUCUCAACCUGAAAUAACGUGGUCCAAAGAGGAAAACCAAUUUGACAGGGAUUUAACGGAAGCAGAACAUUUCCUUUGAAUGACUAUAAAUCCCAUGUAUCCUCUUCCAUUCUGGCAAGUAGUGGGCUUUAUGCGGAACUUGUGAAGUAAAAUUCUCUAUCGAACAUAAGAACAGCCCCAGUAACUGUAACUUCCCAAACGGCAACGUAUAAUGAGUCACAAGCAGACCUUCCUUAGGAACAAGUAGCCAGGAAUACUUAUGACCUUUCCUUUUAGAUACUUCAGAAGUGUACUGACUUUUGACGUACUUUUUGAACAAUAACUUUUCCAUUAACAACUAUCUUUAGCACGGAUAUAGAAAGUUCACAUAAUAUUUACCGGUCAACACUUUACUGUAUCGAGUUACCGACUGUCUAUCGACAGGUGAGUAGAUUGAG